CACAAAUUAAAAUAUUUUUAUUGCAGAAAAAUGGGUAUCCGAGCUGAAAAUUAUUGAUGAAUGUCAGUCUUCCAAUCAUGUAAAAUUUACAAUAUGAAUUGGAAAAAAGAUACCUGAACCCAGCUCUUUAGGCGUAAAGAAUGCGUCCACAUACCCGAACCCACUGCACGAAGAAGGGGGACUGUGAGGGGGAGGCAAGAUGUUUGAGGGCCACCUACACCAGGGGGAGGGAGCACCACUCCCUUCUGGAGCUACCAGCAGAGAUCCUGAACAAGAUUUUAGAAUAUAUUUCAUUUAAGGAACACGCAACAGUUCGACGGGUGUGCCGGAGAUUAAACGAGAUUGCAGCUGGUCGUCUUAAUUCGAUCUUCCAACAACUUCAAAACAGGAUGCUGGGACGCUUUCAGAUCAUAAAGGGACAAAUGCCUCGUCGUGAGAGCGCGCGUCGGAAUCACCCGUUGUCCCGGGAGUGCGACAUAGUGGAGACUCUUCACAUGCGCCUUACUCUGCUACAGAUGACCUUUGGGAAGCAUAUUGAGCGCAAGCAUAUAUGCUUCUUUCCAGGAGAGAUUCUCGACGAAGUAUUUCGAAUCCUGAGAUAUAUACAAAGCACCACUCUUCCCUUGGGCAGAGCGUACAAAGUUACUGAUGAACUAUUUGAUCUUUCCACAAUGGCAAUGGAGUACUUCAAGGAAAACAUUGAGUCGUCUCUCCCUGAGAUUACGUACUUUGGACAAGAUUUCCUGGAUUUUACUCCACCUUCCCCACUUAAGAAGUAUAAUAGAUCAGGAUGCGUGUCCGGUGGUGGUGGAGGAGGGGUGGACUCGCCAAUGUCGAGCCGUGCAAGUGCCGUGGGAUCUUCCUGCUCCGAGCCCCCACUCUCUUUCUCCCAAUUUGAAGGUGACUUGGAUGAAGUUGAAGGAGUAGAUGUUGGUGAAGGAGGUGAAGCCCCCCAGAGCAACAUGGUGCUCAGGAAGAGGAUUAAGAGGAUCAGAGCAGGGAUGAAGAAGUACAAUACACAGUUGGACGAAGUCAAGAGGGAACUUAAGUCAUGUAAGAGCAAGAUGGACUCCCAGACUAAGCAGGUUGCCGAGUACAGCAGUAGGCUGGACGAGUAUGACAAGAAGUUCGAGGAAAAUUCCAGGAAAUUUGGAACAUUACUCACAGAGUUAAACAAGUGUAAGACUGAACUUCAAUUCUACAGAUCCAGGGCUCAUUUGCAACAACACUGUCAAAACUGUGGAUCUAGUCUGACUGAUCAAGCCUCGGAUUCAGCCAACACCGACCAGGUAAGUUUUCCGAGCAUGGAGGGAGUUGAUAAACAAGCAAUGGUCGAGGAUUGGUUGAAUCCUGAGUCUGGAUACACAGGGCAGAGUCCUGGAUACAGGGCUACGGUACCUGAUACAGGAUACAGUAGUCCAGGAUACAGGGCAGCACCUGCAGGAUACAAAACUUGCUCAGGAUACAGAGCACAGAGCAUAGGUGGAGAGAGUUCAACGACCCUCUACUGCGCACCACCAGUACAAUAUUUCCGUCACAUUAACUCUACAAAUAUACAAAAAAUUUCCAAGACUGAAGAGGACGUAGGGUACCUGAAAACAGGUCCAGGCUCUCCUGGAUAUACACGAGGACGUCCCCGGUCCCCUGGGAGUCCCCGGUCCCCUGGUCCAGGGUCCCCUGGACCAUCAGGGGUUCGGAAGAGAAGGUCUAGGGAUGAGGAGGAGAAGAAGUGUACUAGAGGACACCACAUCAUCAAGGGAAAUCGACCCAAGCGACCCAAACAAGUUUGUCCAAACUAGAACACGUGUUUUAACAUCUUGGACUUGUGUUUACGGAUCUGGUGCACGUGUUGUAGGAUCCAGAGUUCCAUGGUUACAGGAACAGAUGUUCCUGGGAUAUGUGAAUCAGGAACUAAGACUAACUGGAUAAUUUAAUGCAUGAAUUAAAUACAAUAUCUAUUCUUAAACCAUGUGAUAAAAUUCUUUUUCACGUAAGAAGAACUAAGUUUACGAACACUAAACCUAUAACACGUGCAAUAGAAUCCAUAACGCGUGUUUCAAUGUUCUUGCAGGAUAUAUUAAACCUGUUUGCAUGAAUUAGAAUUUAGAACUUUCCUACUGAGGGUAUCUAGAGCUGGGUAGCUUUAUCUAACGUUUAGAAAUUCACUCUUAUAAAAUAUAUUUUAUUGAAAUUAAUAUCAAUACCUCAUCAGUCACUAUGGCCCUUUUUCGUACCCAGCUCUUUUUUUAUCCUCCAUUUAAAAUCCUGAGCAAAUACAAAUAUCUUCUUUUGUCGGCAUCGUUAAAAUGUCGUUUAUUGUCGGCAACGGGUCAUUGUUUGUCGGCAACAUACUUUCUUUUGUCGACAACAUGUCUUCGAUUGUCGGCUACAUGUCGUUUUUUUAGAAAUGAAUUGUAAGAGUAUUUGACAGAGAAGUAUAAAAAGAAUGUUUUGACAUGAAUUCCUUCAGCCAAAAUUAAUAUUAUCAAAAUUAAGAUUUCUAACAAUUUUAUUAUAUCAAGGGUUUUCCUCUAAAUUUAAAUUAUUUAUGCUUAAAAUACUUGUUUUUUCUUAUUAGGAUAAGAUUCAGGUUAGCUGACAUUGAGACUUAAUCCAAUUAAGGACUUUCUCUUAAAGAUAAAAGAAAAUAUAAUUCUGAAGAACCAAGAUAAAAGUUGGUUUAAUAAAAAAAUACUGUGGGGGGGGGGGGUAUUCAUCUUACUUUUUUAGCAGUGCCCUUAUGAUCCAUUGAUUUUAGAUGCGGAUUAGUCAGAAGAAAAAAUUUGUCUGGAUUCAGGUCUUAAAGAUAUUUUUUUUUGUAUGAACAUUUUUUUUCGCUGAAACUUGAUGAAUCAUUUAGAUAUUUCUUAGUUGAAAGGAUUUCGUUAUGAGACCGAAAGUUUUUUGGGUUGAUAUUUUUUUCCUUGGAUCCGGAUUGUAAACACUGCUUCUCUGUCUAAUUUUCUUCAAUUCUGAAUAAAUAUAAAUUUAAACUAAAUAUCUUUAAAGUGCUCUCACUCUUUUUUCUCGUAAGAUUAAAAUAUUUUUGAAACGUAACUUUAAAUGAAAUUAGUAAAAUCGUUUGCGUGAACCGUUGAAACAUAUUUAUUAUAUGACCAAAGCUGUAAAACUCCUCGGAACAAAAAAAUAUUUCAUAGAUUUAAAUUAUUUCUUUUUUUCAAAUCAGCCGAAGUCGUAAAUUGGAUUGACGAAAUGUAUAAAAACUAGAAAGUAUUAUUUUAUUUGGUGAUUUUCGAAUCUCUUAAAAGGGUAAAUUUGACGUAUCACCCCCUCCCCCUUCCAACCUUAUCGUUUAUGUUUAAGACUGAUAUUCUCAACGAAGCCCCCCCCCCCCCUUGAAUUAAAUAUUGAGUUAAACUCUUAUCUGAUUAUAUAUUUAAUAUACAGGGAUUUGCAAUAAACAUUAGAAUCUCGUGACUAUACUAAAACAGUAUAAAUUUGUUUGCUGAAGUUCUAGAUUUUAAAUAAAAGUAUGACAUUGACGGUCAAAAUUUAUUUCUUUAAAUUACAAAUAAAUGGAAUCAUCAAACUAAGUUUAGUGUCCGAAAAAAUUUGGUUAUUCCAUAAAUAAGAAAUUGGUCGCUUUAUUCCUUUGUUUACUGCCACUCCCUGUAUAAUAUACCAGUAGAAACUAACGUAGCAAAAACCAAGCCGUUCCAGGUUCAUGAUUAAAUAAUAUUUGUUCUCAUCUCCGUAACAUGUUGCUACAUGUUAAUGACUGAAAGAAAAUAAGUCCCAUAAAUUGUACAGCAACUAGUGUCGGUUUGUUUUUUGUUAUGAUAUUUUUCGCUUAUGAAUAAUUUAAUUGUGAAUUGAUAAAAGAUGUAUGUUUAUCUGAAAUAGAUUAUGUCCUUAAA